UGCUGCCCCUCUCGUUUUGACUAGGUCAUUCAUGGCUGCCUAGCCAAAUUACCAGAAUAUCUCCUCACACUGAUUUCGUCAUAAUCGGCGGCUCCAAUCUUGGUUAUGAACGUGCUUUACCAUUCUGGAAAGUAGAGAUUAAGACCUUUCCAACGCGUAUAAGCUCAUUUCUAGAAGUUACCUGAGCUGUACGCAAUGUUCCGUUGAGGUCGUCAGACUUAAUCUCAAAUUAAUUCUCUCCAGAUUUGCACGAUUUCCAUCAGUGGUAUCAGAGCCACGGUUAGAGGACGUUCUUUCCUCCAUUGGAAGAGAUCUAGAGAGGCUCGAAGUGCUCCAGAUCUAGGGUUUGAUAUGGCCCAAAAGUUGGAUGGCCCUCCUAGGUUUACCGGCUCGGACUUUUCGCUAUGGAGGUUCCAGUUCACACUAUGGCUAGGUAUUAAGGACCUAGAAAGUGUGUUGGAUGGAUCGGAGAAGCGACCACGAGCUGACUCUGGGGAGGCGUCUACUGGAGCAACCAGCCAAGUGGGAUCUGGGGCUGGGGGAGCAUCGUUGAGUGGGGUGAAGGAAGGAGGAACUGCUGCAACUCGAACCGGAAGGUCGCAACCAAGUAGCGAGGAGUUGCUCAAAGCUCAAGAAGCAUGGGAUCGGAAGGAUCGCCAGGCUUUUCAGUACCUGUGUUGGGCUUUGGAGGGGCAACUUGAGCUUCUUAAGAUGAUGAUUGACCUGAAGGGGAAGGAAGGUGCAGCGGCUGCAGCUUGGAAAAGAGUACAAGAUAGGCACUUGCAGAAAGGGCUUCUAAGCGUGCUUACUUGGCGGAAGCGGUUUUACACCAUGGAGCGGAACUAUGGGGAGGGGGAGACCAUGGUUCAGUAUCUCCAGAGGGUGGAUGAGAAUGUGCAGGCUUUGGAGGAGCUGGAUUACACGGUAGAUGAGAAGGAGAUCAUCUAUACUGCGCUCCAAGGGUUGGAUCAAGCGGCUAAUGAGGCAUUACUACAAGUUGCUGGAGUAGGCCUGAGGGAUGGAAGCCUCACGGCUACUCUAGAGAGGCCCCACCAGUGACCAAACCUGAUUGGGUGGAGAAAA